AUGGACUUCAUCGGCGCGAAAUUUGAGGAACGAUCUUAGAGUGGAGAAGAAUAACGAUCUGAGAGAGAGAGAGAGAGAGAGUUUCGAUGCUUAAGAAGCUCCAGUGUGCCGGCCGGCCCCAUUAGCACCACCUCUUCCUCCUCUUAAAUUUUGAAAUUUUGAGCUUGACAGAGAUUGAGUGAGAUGUUGUGAAGUCCUCCUUUUCGACUUGAAGGUUGGAAAGGAACAAAUACUAAGGAAGAUUAAAAUAGACAAGAGAUGUUUUCAUUGUUUUAUGGACUGUGGAAGUAUAUGUUCAGUAAGACAGAGUUUCAUGUCCUUAUUCUUGGAAUCGACAAGGCUGGGAAGACUACUUUACUAGAGAAGUUGAAGUCAGUGCACUCGAAUCUGGAAGGCCUACCUCCAGAUCGAAUUGUUCCAACUGUGGGACUCAACAUUGGACGUAUAGAAGUCUCAAGCACAAAACUUGUUUUCUGGGAUCUGGGAGGCCAGCCUGGUCUUCGCUCAAUCUGGGAGAAGUAUUAUGAAGAGGCACAUGCUGUUAUCUUUGUAAUUGAUGCUGCAUGUCCGUCACGCUUUGAAGAUUCAAAAUCUGCUCUGGAAAAAGUGUUGCGGCAUGAGGAUUUGCAAGGAGCUCCUUUGUUAAUUUUGGCAAACAAGCAGGAUCUUGCUGAAUCUGUAUCCUCUGAGGAACUUGCUCGGUAUUUAGACCUAAAGAAGUUGGAUGAAAGGGUUUACAUGUUUGAGGCUGUUUCAUCAUACGACGGGCUGGGGAUUAAAGAAGGUGUAGAAUGGUUGGUGGAGGCCAUGGCAAGGAGCAAGAGAACCGAAAUGUUGAGAGCUCGUACAGGUGCAACAGGCCCUGCUUCUGCCUAAAACAACAGUAUACCCAUAUGCAGCUCUGUAACUUGAGUGUAAAUAAAUCAUGGUCUUAAUUUGAUUUGUUUCUGAUUAAAGCACGGUCAAUUUUUGUUUACAUUCUCAUCAUGGAACUACGUUUUACUCUAUGGUGAAAUUCAUAGUUACUUCUUAUUACA